UUGGGAGGGAAAAGUUUUAAGUCUUCUUCUCUUCUCUGAUCGUCUGCUUCCAUCUACAAGGAGAAGAUGAAGAAACACACGGUGUACGCAUGGGGGGUGGCGAUUCUGUCUUUCAUAGUGUUGAUGAUCGUCACUCCGGCGAUUCCCCAGUCUCAGGAGUACCAUGAUUUCGCCGAUAAACGGGAAUUCUUCGGUAAUUUAAUUCUCCUCUCCUCUUCUCUUCUAUUUCAUUUCAAAUUGACGAAGCUUGGAAAGAACUCAAAGAAGUGCAUGAUGAAAGAAACCCUUCUCUUCUAUUUGAAGAUGGAUGAAGUCUAGUGUCUCUAAACAUUGAAUUACUUAUUUGCAUACUGAGCUUCUUGCAUUGAGAACUUACUCUGAGAAGUUCCUCUGCCUUUUCAUGGCAGAUCUUUGAUGGGAAUGGAAAAAGUUUUCAUCUUUGAUGAUGGUUUGGUUCCUGGAGAGUUUUCACUGUAGAUUUAAUUUGUUAUUUGAAAAAAAAGAAAAAGAAAAAAAAGAAGGGAAAUCUUUGGAGUCAGUGACCUCAUUUCCCAUAUUUUAUGUCUACCUAUCUUUAAUAUGGAGAAAUUUCCCAGGCCUUCUUAACUUGAGGAAUAGAGUAUUCUAUACCUUAUAUCCAUACACUGUCAAACACUCAAGCGUCAUUGCAAGGGAGCCCGGUUCACCCUUCAUCACAAAGCAUCUUAUGGAAUGGCAUGUAGUCAAGAUUUAGAUACUAUUUUGAUGUUGGCUUCUUGUUGUUUCUCAGGCAUACCAAAUACAUUGGAUGUGCUGUCAAAUUUUCCAUUCCUUGUUAUUGGCCUCAUAGGCCUUGUGCUUUGCUAUUAUAAGAACUAUUUCAAGUUCAGAUUACAAGGUGAGCUAUAUGGUUGGACUUGUUUUUUCAUUGGUGUAGCAGCUGUUGGUCUGGGUUCUUCUUAUUAUCAUCUCAAGCCAAAUGAUGCUCGCCUUGUGUGGGAUCGGCUGCCAAUGACCAUUGCAUUCACGUCAAUCAUGGCAAUCUUUAUUAUUGAAAGAGUUGAUGAACAGAAGGGAACAGUUUCUAUCAUACCACUGCUACUAGCAGGCAUAAUAAGCAUCUUGUACUGGAGGUUUUUUGAUGACCUCCGACCUUAUGCAUUGAUCCAGUUUGUUCCUUGCAUUGCCAUUCCUUUGAUGGCUAUCUUAUUACCUCCAAUGUACACACAUUCUGCGUAUUGGCUUUGGGCAGCAGGAUUCUAUCUUUUAGCUAAAGUGGAGGAAGCUAUGGAUAAAGUAAUAUACGAAUGGACCAAUCAUAUUGUCAGUGGACACACUCUCAAACACUUGUGUGCUGCAAUGGUUCCUGUCUUCUUGACACUUAUGCUGGCGAAGAGGACUAUGACAACAGAAAGGAAAAGUCUUCUAAUGACAUGGAAGGUCUCAUGGACCAAGGUUAAAGAAAAUGGUUCAAAGGGGGAAAGUUGCACCUGUACCUACGCUGCAGUUUCCAGUUGAGGAGUCCUAUUGAGUUAUAUAUGUGCAUUCUUCUUAUUGAUGGAAUAUAUUGUAACAAACCAAACAGAUCCUACUAACUCACUGAGCAUAGCAGACUUUGGUUCUGUAAAGUGUAAAUAAAUAGAACUUCUCUCUGUACAAGUUACUAAACUUUGUAAUUCCUUAAUAUAGUAGGUUUCAUUUU